CCCAAAAUGUCAAUCGCUACGAACGCGACGAAGACUUCUGGCUCGAGAACCGCGCGCGGAUCCUCCGUCCUCUCCCUCGCCUCGCCCCCUUCCUCGAUUCGUCUGCUCAUCGAUGCUUCGUCCUUCACGAGCAGUCGGGUCGUUGAUGGAUUUCGGGAGGCUUUUCUGGGCUUUGACGCUGGUGCUGCUCGUUCCUGGAUCGGUCCUCGCUGGCGAUAUCGUGCAUGAUGACGACGACAUCCCCAAGCGGCCCGGAUGCUCCAACAAAUUUAUUCUGGUGAAAGUGCCAAUCUGGGUUAACAACACUGAAGAUAGUGAAUUUGUUGGUGUUGGUGCUCGAUUUGGCAGUAGAAUAGUGUCAAAAGAGAAGCAUUCUAGCCGUACUCAUCUUUCCCUUUCAGAUCCUUCUGAUUGCUGCACUGAACUGAAGGAAAAGCUUGCUGGGGAUGUCCUACUAGUACACAGGGGGAAAUGCAAAUUCACAACAAAGGCAAAAAUUGCCGAAGCUGCUGGAGCAUCUGCUAUACUAAUUAUAAACAAUCGCAGAGAAUUAUACAAGAUGGUUUGUGAUCCAAACGAAAGUGAUUUAAAUAUAACGAUUCCUGCCGUAAUGCUUCCACAAGAUGCAGGUGCAAGCUUAGAAAGGGCUCUUCAACUUGGUUCCUCAGUUGCUGUGCAAAUCUAUUCCCCUGACCGUCCUGAGGUAGAUACAGCAGAAGUUUUUCUAUGGCUCAUGGCAGUUGGUACCAUCUUGUGUGCAUCAUAUUGGUCAGCUUGGAGCUACAGGGAAGCUUUAAUUGACAAUGACAAGAUACUGAAGGAGAAGGAUGCACCAGAGGAGUUUCUCAAUAUGAAAAAUACAGGAUCUAGUGGUGUAGUUGAGAUCAACACAACAUCAGCAAUGUUGUUUGUUGUGAUUGCUUCUUGCUUCUUGAUAUUACUUUACAAACUCAUGUCAUUCUGGUUCCUGGAGCUGUUGGUGGUUCUAUUUUGCAUUGGUGGAGUAGAGGGCCUACAAACAUGCCUGGUGGCUUUGUUAUCUAGGUGGUUCAAACAUGCUGCAAACUCGUUCAUUAAAAUUCCUGUAUUUGGAGCUGCUUCUUACCUUGCACUCGCUGUUUCUCCAUUUUGCAUUGUCUUCACUGUAGUUUGGGCUGCCCAUCGUGGUGCAUCCUUUGCCUGGAUUGGUCAGGAUAUCAUGGGCAUUGCAUUGAUUGUCACAGUUCUUCAAAUCGUCCAUGUAUCUAAUCUUAAGGUGGGAACAGUGCUUCUUGGUUGUGCCUUCCUGUAUGAUAUCUUUUGGGUUUUUUUCUCGCCAAUGUUGUUCCAUGAAAGUGUCAUGAUUGUGGUAGCACGAGGAGAUGGGACUGCAGAAGAUGGUGUGCCAAUGCUACUUAAGAUACCACGCUUGUUUGAUCCAUGGGGUGGAUACAGCGUAAUUGGUUUUGGUGAUAUCAUUUUACCUGGGCUGAUUAUUUCAUUCUCAUUAAGGUAUGAUUGGGCUGGAAAGAAAAGCUUGAGAGCUGGUUACUUCUUGUGGUCCAUGAUGGCUUAUGGUUCUGGUCUUCUUGUUACAUACAUCGCCUUGACUCUAAUGGACGGGCAUGGUCAGCCAGCCCUGCUUUACAUUGUGCCAUUCACAUUGGGCACUCUUUUGGCUCUUGGUUGGAAAAGAGGUGAACUCGGAAACUUGUGGACGCGAGGGGAGCCAUUCAGAGUUUGCCCACACAUUCAACCUGAGGAGUUGAAGGCAACAUCUGCAAACUUCAUCGGAAACUGAAACGUACAGCUUUAGGAUUCAGUCCUGGACAAGAUCAUACACCAAGAACCUCUGGAGGCGCUGCAUUGUGCUAGGGUUGAUGCAGAUUGGAUCCACAAGGAUUUUAUGAAUAUAGACUUGGACACAUGAUAGUAAUAACUAGGAGUGUUUGUUUGCCAAUGUAAUGUUUUUCAACAUUUCUGAUGUUAAAAUUAGGAGUUCGAAUUCUGCUUCUCAA